AUGCCACUGACCACUGAAAUCACCCUACCAGAUGGCAAAGGCUACACCCAGCCUCUAGGCCUGUUCAUUGACAACGAAUUUCGUGAAAGCAAAAGCGGCAAGACUUUUGAAGUUGUGAAUCCUACCACCGAAGAGGUCAUCGCCCACGUCUCCGAAGCCGGGUCCGAAGAUGUUGACUUGGCCGUGGCCGCCGCGCGACGAGCAUUCAAAGGCUCAUGGCGCACGACAACCCCCGAAGAUCGAGGAAAGUUGCUGCGCAGAGUAGCCGACCUGAUCGAAAAGAACCUCGAUCUGCUGGCCAAGGUUGAGACGCUCAACAACGGCAAGGCUCAGCAGUGGGCGAUCGGAGAUGUCGCGCACUGCGUCUCCGUUUUUAAUUACUAUGCUGGUUGGGCCGACAAGAUGGAAGGGAAAGUCAUUGAUGUUGAUACAGAGCGCUUUAACUUUGCUAAGCGUGAGCCGUUUGGCGUGUGUGGACUGGUCGUCCCAUGGAACGCACCUCUUGUCCUCAUGUCAUGGAAAGUAGCUCCAGCUCUUGCAGCAGGCAACACAGUCGUCGUCAAAACAUCAGAGCUAACGCCACUAUCUGCCCUAUUGCUAGCUGAUCUUUUCAAGCAAGCGGGAGCACCAGCCGGUAUCUUCAAUGUCGUCUCAGGCUUCGGCCAUGUUGCCGGCGCCGCCCUUGCAUCUCACAUGGAUGUUGCGAAGAUAUCAUUCACAGGCUCGACUACCACCGGGCGCGCUAUCAUGCAGGCGGCAGCCCAGUCUAACCUUAAGCCUGUGACACUUGAGCUGGGUGGUAAAGGUCCUAAUAUUGUGUUUGAUGAUGCAGACUUUGAUGCAGCCGUUGAGUGGGUUACGUUUGGCAUCUUCUAUAGCUCUGGGCAGGUCUGCUGUGCUGGCUCGCGCGUGUACGUGCAGGCUGGGAUUUAUGACAGGUUUAUAGAGGCUCUUAGGGCCCGGGUAGCCCGCAUUUCAGUGGGCGAUCCGUUCGACAUCAACACAUUUCACGGAUCGCAGACCUCCAAGGCUCAGUUUGAUCGAAUUCUGGGAUACAUCAAGAGCGGUGUGGACGAUGGUGCAAAGAUCGAAGCUGGUGGCUCUCGCUGGGGCGCAAAGGGCUUUUUUAUCCAGCCAACGAUCUUUUCCGGCGCCUCUCACGAUAUGAAGAUCAUGCGCGAUGAGAUCUUUGGGCCGGUGUGUGUCGUCUCCAAGUUCGAAACCCAGGAUGAGGUAGUUCAGGCUGCGAAUGCAACCUCAUAUGGCCUUGCAAGCGGGGUACAUACCAAGAACAUCGAUCGUGCUCUCAACGUGUCCAAUCUCCUCGAGACUGGCACCGUCUGGGUAAACCAGCUUCCAUUUGGCGGAUAUAAAGAAAGUGGGAUUGGUCGCGAGCUGGGAGCAGCUGUGUUGGAGAGCUACACGACCAUCAAGACAGUCUCUGUCCGGCUAUCAGGGACACAAUGA